AUGGUGAUGUUCUUAGCUUCUCCAGUCCAAGCCGCUGACUCGCCCUUCUGUUGUCUCCAGGUCACAGGCGUGAUCCUGCUGGCCGUUGGCGUGUGGGGGAAGGUAAGCUUGGAGGCCUAUUUCUCCCUGGCUGCUGAGGAGAGCACCAACGCGCCAUAUGUCCUCAUCGGGACCGGAGCCAUCAUCGUUAUCUUCGGAUUGUUCGGCUGCUUCGCCACAUGCCGCGGCAGCCCGUGGAUGCUCAAACUGUAUGCCAUGUUUUUGACCUUGGUCUUCCUGGCUGAGCUCGUGGCUGGAGUUUCAGGCUUCAUCUUCAGGCAUGAGAUCAAAGCCACACUGGACAACGUCUAUAAAAACGCAGUGAAAAACUACACCAGCACGGACAGCAAGAAUCCAGUGGACACCAUCCAGAGGAAUUUGCACUGCUGCGGGGUGUAUAAUUACACAGACUGGAACAAUACAAAGUACUUUCAAGAGAAAGGCAUCCCGGUCAGCUGCUGUAAAGACGACGAUAACUGCUCACCAGAAACACUGAAGGAUCUUGCCAAGGCUGAGAAUGUGGUGUACACAACGGGCUGCUUUGCGCUGGUAAGCACCACAAUGGAGAACAACCUGGGAAUAAUUGCUGGGAUUUCUUUUGGAAUUGCCUUCUUUCAGCUCAUUGGGAUAUUCCUGGCCUGCUGCUUGUCUCGAUACAUCACCAACAACCAGUAUGAGAUGGUCUAACAGUCACCUGCCACAGGUCACUGAUGAGCCGGUCCUGAUGCGAACUGAGUUGGGAUUUUAAUAUUUUGUGUUUGUGUUUCUUAUCAUGUAAUUUUAGAGAUGGAAGACACUCACCGCUUUUUCUUUUAUUCAAUCUCACCAAUGCACAAGGGAAUCAUGUCUGCGGAGCAUCAAAAAGGGAGAAUACUCGAGAGUUGGUGUGACCAAAGAGAAAACAUUUCACAGGUCAUUUGUUAUUCUGGGAGUAAAUUAGGGAAAUUACAUUAAGUGUUUAUGUUGUGUAUUAGUGUCACUUUAUAUUUGAGCUAAUUUGACAGCAACAUUUUCAUUUCUUGUUUCGCAGUUGCCUUGUUUUAUAAUUUUUUUUCGCUAGUAGUCUGUAGCUGAGCAGAUGAAAUGUAGACAAUAAUAAGCUGUUAAUGUUAAACUUCUGUGUAUCUUUAUGUGUGAAGCCUUUAUAAGCCCUAGAAAUGGACAGGUCACCUUCCUGAAGUCAAGUACAAAUGAUUUAUAGGAGCUGUGUGGGAAAGCGAGCCCUACCAAUUAUGUGUGUCAACUACACCUGACUUCUUACCACAGUUUUCAGUGUUAGUGUUAUUCUUGUGUGGAUGCAUGUGAAAUACUUGAAAAUAAAAGAUGAAAUCCAG